AUGACAGGCGACUGCGGAGACUCGUGCCCCUACCCGGGGGGCUUUACCUCCUACUCGCCUUCGGUAAUUGGUAGUGCCAUCUUUCUGGUAGCCUUUGCGCUGCUCGUGCCUCUAGCCUUGUACCAAGGCUUUCGUUUCAAGACGCCCCUAUUCGCGUCAACUCUGGCUACCGGUCUUCUUCUCGAGGUCUUGGGCUUCGCUGGAAGAUUGAGGCUUCGAAACGAUACCGCCAGCGGUACCUCAUUCUCCCUGUGGCUCAUCGGCGCCAUCUUGGGCCCUACUCUCAUCGCAGCGGCCAUAUUCCAGAUCCUUCCCCAUGUCAUCGCCCUUUACGGUCUCGGAAUUGGCUUAACCCGGCCAAGAGUCGCUGUCUUGUUCCUCAUCUUCGCUCUUGCUCUCGUCAUUGCGCUGGAAAUUGCCGGGGUUGUCUCAGCUGUCUUUGGACUCGGUGGUGUUCAGACGCCUUCGAUUCUUCUUGCGGGAUUAGGCGUCCAGAUAUUGGCGUUGCUGCUCUUCGUCGGACUGUUCCUCUGGUUUACCCAGAAGCUUCCUGAUCCAAAGCACAUCGCCGUGUAUCAAGCACCGCGGUUCAAGAACUUUGUCAAGAUGAUACCAGCAGUGGCGGUCGUCUUGGUGGGGCACACCAUCUAUCGCCUCGUUGAGUUCUGGGACGGACUCAAUAGCCCUCUUCAGCGGUCGGAAGCCGCGUCUCUGGUCAUCGGCGGUGCUUUGCCAUUUCUAGUCGCCGCAGUCUUAUGCGUAUAUCAUCCUGGCGCAUCCUUUGGCCGGGCAUGGGGUCUGACUUCGCCGCGAUAUCGAUCGUUAUCUCUGAAGUCGCGCCGCGGUGCUCCAUCGCCUCUGCAGUCGCCUACUGCACCUUGGGAUGACCACAAAGGGCCCCGUCAGCCGGGUUUCACUGCCACACGGUUCCCAGACAAAAAGAUGUCGCCCGUCGGAGUUGGUCCAGUUCCCUUGAGAGAGUCAACGAUGGCAAGCAAGGUUGCCGGUAGCCCCGGCAAUAGAUCGGUCACCUACCCAAGCCCGAUUGCUUCGACACACAAGUUGAGUCCCAUCGGCUCACAACACAAAAUGAGCCCAACCUUCCAGGGCACUCAACAGCAGCCGACAAAUCCCAAUCGCUACAGUAACACCAAGCCUAAUGCAAAGCCAAUGGUAAAUAGUGAAGAGUUGUGGUAG